AAGAACCGGCUCCAAAACCGGGAAGAAUAUAGCCCCGGGGCGGGUUGCUUCGGAUUUACUCCACAGCUGCUCCGGGUUUGCAAGGGGGUGGGGGCCGAGGCUGGCCGGAGUAAGGAAGCUCCAGACCGGGUAGAAACCGGGGUAGAGGGACACCCCACCCACCCCCUCUCCCCAAACCGGAGUAACAGCCGCUUUCCCUAUCCACCUUGGAGAGAAAGCGCAAGGCCCCCGUUCCGCGUUCUUUUGCGCGCGCUUCUGGGAUUUACGAUCCAGAAACUCCAGAAAGGGGGGGGGGGAAGGGGGGAUAAGUGAUCCUAACCUAGCAAGGAGGAGAAACUUUGGGACAGAAGAAGGCAUCGUUAUUCGGAUCAAGCCGGAGGCAACGUUGAGGAGCAAGACCUCCCUCGCUUCCUCUUCUGAGCAGGAAAAUGGUGACUUCAAGAAGCAGCUGCGCACAACAGUGAGCGAGACUUCAGGAUAGAGGUGGGGAAAGUGCCGGGAACUUUGAGGAGAUGCUAGAGCCUGAAGGAAGGGACGUGAUGGAGAAACAAAAGGAGAGCCACCAAAAAGAAAGAGGAGGAGGAGUAGGAGAAAGGCCCGUCCUGGAGAGCAACCUCCAGGAGCAAAGACGAGUUUCUGAUGGCACUCAGUCCCCUCGUCCUAUCAACCAGCCUGAAACGUUGAGCUUUCUCCGAGGUCAACCGACCAACAGGAGCUGGGCGAAGAGGAAUUCGGCAAAGUGGGUGGCUGAAAUGAACCCAUCCCGCCUUUCCAUGUCUUGGAGCAGCACCAGGAGGAAAGGGUUAAAGGAGCUUCUCCUGCAGAGCAGUCAAGCCAGCCCUACCUGGCUUACCCCUUCCCGCCAAGAGUCCGUCUCGGUGGAGACCCAACGGGGAGAGGAUCCGUUCUCGGAGGUGAAUUCUGAAGAGUUGUGCUUGGCUCUGGACCCCUUGGAACACGAAUGGAUGUUGACGGUGGCCCAAGGGGACGCCGAAAGCAUCCUCAACCUCUUAGCCAAGGAACCCAGCCUGCUUUCCAGGAGAGACUUUGUGACUGGUUUUACUGUCCUUCACUGGUUGGCCAAACACGGCCACCAUGAAGCUUUGAUCCAGGUGAUGUCCUUUGCAGAGAGGAACGGCUACCCAACCAACGUCAACGUACUCACGGCCAGUGGGAGACUGACCCCUCUCCACUUGGCUGCUCUUCAGGGCCACGCGAUGACCAUCAAGAUCCUAGUAGGAGCCUUCGGGGCCAACACCAGCCUCAGGGAUCACAAUGGCCGCAAAGCCUGGCAGUACCUCCACGCCAACGCUCCCAGAGAGUUGAAGGAACUCGUGGGAGCAAUGGAAGAAGACCUGGCUGUCCCCGGAGCAGGGAACGCCAACAACAACUGCGCUCCUUCAAGAUGGGGUUGGAUCGGGGUCUUUAGGACGGAGUCCCAAAAUGCUGAGCCUGCAAGGCAGGGCCAGAGGAACAGUCCCGUGGGGUCUUACCUCAGGAACAUCUUCAGGCAAGCCGUUGCGUUCUUCCAAGAUCCUUAGAGGUCUCCUGGAUGGUUAAGAGCGGUUUGAUUUCUUGGCUUGGCUUGACCCUCAUGGCCUCGUAGAGAAACAGAAUUAAGAAGGCAGAGAGAAGUGAUAAGGUGCUUAUCUCCCAAGUUUUAGCAAAACCUCAGGAUAAGAAAAUCUUUUUUUUUUUUUUUGGCUCAAGGAAGUGGAUACAGGGAGGAAGUAGGAAGAGACCUCAUGAAAUUGAGGGGUGGGGGUCCUUAGCAUUUGUUCCCUAAAGGGCUGUGAACGCAUGAUGUUAAAAGAACUUAAAAAAAUCGUCUCACUUUGGCCUGUGAGAAUGCAGGACGUCACAUUAUGCAAAGAUAGCCGCGUAUCUUUGCAGAACGUAUUCGGAGAUCAGCAACCUGUGGCUCUGGAGCCGCCUGUGGCUCUUUCAUCCCUCUGCUGCGGCUCCCUGUCACCAGUCGGUACCACAAUUUUGAGAGGAGCUUCCGGUUGGGGGUGGGGAGGGAAACAUGGCGUGCCAGGAGGAGAGUCUAUGGCAAGGGGCAGGUUUUCUGGUCAGCUCCACAAUCGAUAGGGCUUUCGGUUAGGAGUGGUAGAGGAAAAAGGACACCACAUUAGGAGGAGACUCUCUGGCGGGGGAACCGGAUUUCCAGUCACCUCCAGAAUUGAACAGAAUUUCGGUUAGGACCUUUGUGGCUCUUUGAGUGUUUAAGGUUGCCGACCCCUGUGCUAGCCCUAAGGACCAGCAAAGGAGUAGAAGUAACAGAGUUGGAAGGGACCUCGGAGGUCAUUUAGUCCAACCCCCAGCUCAUGCAGUAGACCUGUAUUAGGAAUUCGAACCGCCGACCUGCCGACUUGCCCGCCUUUGGCCACUGAAAAAAACCCCUCUAAAUUACUUUUCAGAUCUGCUGCGAAUGUUUCUGUUCUUCAGCCUUUGCAAGUUCUUAUUCCUAAUACAGAUGGGAAUGCAAAAAAACGCUGCAUCCAUUAAAGGCAUGCUUUAAAAGUUGAAAUUCUUUAAAUUUUAAAUUUAAAAGUUGAAAUUCUUUAAAUCGGCUUGCUUCUGACAGCUCAACAAAGCAAUUUGGGCAGACGUUUAAAGGAAGCAGAAUGUAAUACCAGCUGCCUGCUCAUUUGGCAGGAUGGGGUGGAAAAAAAGUCAGAAAUAAUAUUUUAAAUAGUACAGUUCAAAGACGCACAGCAGUAGAUGCAGGCGUUUCGUAUUGACUCAUCAGUACCAAA